UAUAGUAUUUCUGUCCUUGCUAACCUCGAUCCCGCCCCAACCAGGCAUGACCCCGCCCCUCUGGCACCGCCCACCUGCCAGACCAAGCCACGCCCCCACUCGCCAGGCCCCGCCCCUCUUCGGAGGCCCCGCCUCUAGGUCGGCCUGUUUUCUCAGUCCCGGCACCCGCCGCUACCGCAAAGGCGGCCACGGUUCUAGGAACUUGACGUGAUGGGGCUUCCUGAGGAGCGGGGCCGGAGCGGCAGCGGCAGCCGGGGCCAGGAGGAAGCGGGAGCCGGAGGCCGGGCGCGGAGUUGGUCUCCGCCGCCCGAGGUCAGCCGCUCCGCGCACGUCCCCUCGCUGCAGCGCUACCGCGAGCUGCACCGGCGCUCCGUGGAGGAGCCGCGGGAAUUCUGGGGAGACAUUGCCAAGGAAUUUUACUGGAAGACUCCAUGCCCUGGCCCAUUCCUUCGGUACAACUUUGAUGUGACUAAAGGGAAAAUCUUCAUUGAGUGGAUGAAAGGAGCAAGUACCAACAUCUGCUACAAUGUACUGGAUCGAAAUGUCCAUGAGAAAAAGCUUGGAGAUAAAGUUGCUUUUUACUGGGAGGGCAAUGAGCCAGGGGAGACCACUCAGAUCACAUACCAUGAGCUUCUGGUCCAAGUGUGUCAGUUCAGCAAUGUUCUCCGAAAACAGGGCAUUCAGAAGGGUGACCGAGUGGCUAUCUACAUGCCUAUGAUCCCAGAGCUUGUGGUGGCCAUGCUGGCAUGUGCCCGCAUUGGGGCUUUACACUCCAUUGUGUUUGCAGGCUUCUCUUCAGAGUCUCUAUGUGAACGGAUCCUGGAUUCCAGCUGCAGUCUUCUCAUCACUACAGAUGCCUUCUACAGGGGAGAAAAGCUUGUGAACCUAAAGGAGCUGGCUGACGAGGCCCUGCAGAAGUGUCAGGAGAAGGGUUUCCCAGUAAGAUGCUGCAUUGUGGUCAAGCACCUGGGGCGGGCAGAGCUGGGCGUGGGUGACUCCCCCAGCCAGUCCCCCCCAAUUAAGAGGUCAUGCCCGGAUGUGCAGGGUAAGCUGAAAGAGAAAUCCAAGCGUGUUCAGCCCCAGAUCUCAUGGAACCAAGGGAUUGACUUGUGGUGGCAUGAGCUCAUGCAAGAGGCAGGGGAUGAGUGUGAGCCCGAGUGGUGUGAUGCCGAGGAUCCACUCUUCAUCCUGUACACCAGUGGCUCCACAGGCAAACCCAAGGGUGUGGUUCACACAGUUGGGGGCUACAUGCUCUAUGUAGCCACAACCUUCAAGUAUGUGUUUGACUUCCACGCAGAGGAUGUGUUCUGGUGCACGGCAGACAUUGGUUGGAUCACUGGCCAUUCCUAUGUCACCUAUGGGCCACUGGCCAAUGGUGCCACCAGUGUUUUGUUUGAGGGGAUUCCCACAUAUCCGGACGUGAACCGCCUGUGGAGCAUUGUGGACAAAUACAAGGUGACCAAGUUCUACACAGCACCCACAGCCAUCCGUCUGCUCAUGAAGUUUGGAGAUGAGCCUGUCACCAAGCAUAGCCGGGCAUCCUUGCAGGUGUUAGGCACAGUGGGUGAACCCAUCAACCCUGAGGCCUGGCUGUGGUACCACCAGGUGGUAGGUGCCCAGCGCUGCCCCAUCGUGGACACCUUCUGGCAAACAGAGACAGGUGGCCACAUGUUGACUCCCCUUCCUGGUGCCACACCCAUGAAACCUGGUUCUGCUACUUUCCCAUUCUUUGGUGUAGCUCCUGCAAUCCUGAAUGAGUCUGGGGAAGAGUUGGAAGGUGAAGCUGAAGGUUAUCUGGUGUUCAAGCAGCCCUGGCCAGGGAUCAUGCGCACAGUCUAUGGGAACCACGAACGCUUUGAGACAACCUACUUUAAGAAGUUUCCUGGAUACUAUGUUACAGGAGAUGGCUGCCGGCGGGACCAGGAUGGCUAUUACUGGAUCACUGGCAGGAUUGAUGACAUGCUCAAUGUAUCUGGACACCUGCUGAGUACAGCGGAGGUGGAGUCAGCACUUGUGGAACAUGAGGCUGUUGCAGAGGCAGCUGUGGUGGGCCACCCUCAUCCUGUGAAGGGUGAAUGCCUCUACUGCUUUGUCACCUUGUGUGAUGGCCACACCUUCAGCCCCAAGCUCACCGAGGAGCUCAAGAAGCAGAUCUGGCUAAGGGUGCUGAAGAAAUGCUUGAUGACUUAUUGGUUACAGUUAGAGAAAAGAUUGGCCCCAUUGCCACACCAGACUACAUCCAGAAUGCACCUGGCUUGCCUAAAACCCGCUCAGGGAAAAUCAUGAGGCGAGUGCUUCGGAAGAUUGCUCAGAAUGACCAUGACCUGGGAGACACGUCCACCGUGGCUGACCCAUCUGUCAUCAGUCACCUCUUCAGCCACCGCUGCCUGACCAUCCAGUGAACAUGAUCCUGACCUUUACCCAGGAUUCCCCCUGCUCCAAACUUUGCCCAUCCUCUUUGCCCCCUCAGGAGUGCUGAGGGCCAGUGUUGACCCACACUACCCUCCCUAGACCAGCUGUCUAGGACCAGAAACCAGCUUUGUCUCCAGGUGGAGACAACUUCCUGUGACUGCCAGGCAGAAGGGACAGGGCCCAGGUCAGCCUCGUCUGUUGUGCCCCCAGACUGCAGAGCUCUCAGAACCCAGGGAUGAAAAGGCUACCUCUCCUACCCAAGUUAAGUGUUCAGAGAGGAUGUGAGGGCCUCCACUGAAGCAGGGAGGCAGCUGUGUAAUCCUAUGUCAGCUCUCUUAGGAAGCACCAGUACUUAUAUUGGGCAUGCACUUGCCCUUAAAAACAAUGGUCUGUGAAUCCAUAUUUUGCUGCUUCUGUUCUGGGUCUGAAUUCCCUUUUGUGCCAGAUGCCAGUACUGUCUGCCCAUUGGCUUCAGGGGCUGUGUAGGCAGAUUCAGUAUCCAGAGGGCAUUCAGAUCAUCUGCUUUUUUGAAGGAGUAAAUGUGUUUUGUUCCUAGGGCCAGAGGAGCUUGUCUUCCUUGUCCUCUGUUCCCACCCUCCCCUGAACAGAACCCAGCUCAUGAGAAACAUUCUCAGAUGAAACUCUGUUUUCUUGCCUCAGUCAGGCUCAAGCCCUGUGGUUGUAGGAAUAAAGCCUGUGAUCUCAAGAA